AUGGAUUUAAAGAAUAAAGUGGCUGUGGUGACUGGAGGUGCUCAGGGUUUGGGCAGAGCCUUUGUCAAAAUACUCCUAAAAAAGGGGUCAAAUGUGGCCUUCAUUGAUGUGAAUGAACAACUGGGAAAAGAGUUAAAGGCUGCGCUUGCCGAAGAAUAUGGACCUGACAGGGUUGAAUUUUACGCCGUGGAUGUCUCAUCUAAGCAGGAAUUUAUAGGAGCUUUUCAGAAAAUUGUGGACAGGUUUGGCCACAUCGACAUUAUGUACAACAAUGCAGGGGUUGUCGAUGAAAAUGACUGGGAGAAAACCAUUGCCAUAAACAUGUCUGGGCUGGUGAGGGGAACAUAUCUGGCUCUGCAGUACAUGAAGGAUAAUCCUGAGAGCAAAGGGGCAAUUAUCAACAUAUCAUCUACUGCAGGUCUGUGGUUUGUGCCAACAGCGCCCAUCUACACAGCGACUAAAUACGCAGUGGUGGGAUUCAGCCGUGCUAUUGCGGCUGUUGCUAUGCAGUCCAACCUUGGGUUGAGGAUCAACACUCUCUGUCCAGGUGCAGUGAAGACUAACCUGCUGUCCUCUUCUAAUAUAGAGGACCAUUUUGGACAGUUUUCAAAACUAGAGGGGCUGAAGGAGAUGGUUCAGGAGAGAAAUGACUUUGUGGAGCCUGAGGAUGUUGCCAAGGCCUCCCUUAUUCUUGUGACAGAUGAAAGCAAGAAUGGAGAAAUUCUGAAGAUCGAUGCUGAUGGUAUGGAGUUCAUAUCCCUUCCUGAACCACCAGCAAUGCGAAAGUAG